AUGGGUCUCAUCGGUCUUGUUCUUGCUGUCAGCGCCAUCUUCGCCAGCCAAGAAGACAAUGGUACCCGCUCAGGCGGUUGCUACAGUCGCCAAAACCAAAACCAACAAAUCUACACAGCUUCACCCAACCCUGGAUACACAAACUACGCGGGCCGAUCUUCAUGCCACCAGCGCAAGAUGGAACGUCGCGCCCAAAGACAACUACAGCGCGCUGAUCGCUCCCAGCUCCGCGCAGAACAACAGGCAAACAGGAAUCUUCAGAGGGCUGAGAGGUACCAGGCUGGUGCUAUGAUGGUCAAGUCAGGAGCACAGAGAGUUGGUCUUGUUGGACAGCCUCAAGUCGAGAGUGUCCCUGUUGCAAGGAGCUUUCAGGAAGAGACUAAGGAUGGUCUCUAUGAGUUGGAUGCCAUCAACCAGCAGCACAUCGCAAGAGAAGCACCACCACCAUCAUAUGAUGAAGUUGUACGAAAGUAA